GAGGAGGGACAGGUCGAAAGUGAAAGUGACGGCGCAGUGUGAAGUGUCAGCGUCAGUGAGGAUGGUCUGUACCGGGGUCAGUUUACCUGCUGGACACGAUGCAGUGAGAGGUCAGUUGUUCUCCAGAUGGAUCCGGGUUCACUACCUCUCUCGGUUCGCGUUGUGAUCGUGUGUCUGCUCGGGGCCGCGCGCUGCUCCUCCGCCGACAACAUCAAUUGUAAUUGUUCAGAAAUCCCUGAACUGCCUCUGACGAAACCUCCACCCGAGACCUGUAAAGAAGCAUUUCGCUACACGUGUAAAGACGGAUACGUGAGGAAAGCCGGAACAUCGAACCGCAUCACAUGCUAUGGGAAUAACAACAGUGCUCCGAAGUGGACUACGGCCUCGCUCAUCUGCAUACCCGACCCUCGGAGAACCACAACACUUCCGCCAAAGAUCCCAGUAACAACAGCGUCUUUCACCGACCUUCGGAUGACUCAGAGCGGAAGCUUCUCAUCUACUGGGGUUCUGGAGAAAAACAGCCUCAAGCCUACGUCACUUGAUGUGCAGGUUGAUCACUCACAGGCAACAGACUGGACGACACAAGCCUCGUCCAACCAGCUUCCCAGUAACGGGACGGAUAAUCCUCACCUGUCCAGCAACACUGACCACACAGCGUCUUUCACCGACCUUCGGAUGACUCAGAGCGGAAGCUUCUCAUCUACUGGGGUUCUGGAGAAAAACAGCCUCAAGCCUACGUCACUUGAUGUGCAGGUUGAUCACUCACAGGCAACAGACUGGACGACACCAGCCUCGUCCAACCAGCUUCCCAGUAACGGGACGGAUAAUCCUUACCUGUCCAGCAACACUGACCACAAACUUGGCACGACAGCAACAGCCCUGAGUGUCUGCGCUUCACUGGUGAUCGUCUGCGCUUUAAUGGGAAUCACCUACGUGGGUUAUAGAAGGAAGUCUCAAAGAUAUGACAUGCCGGCGACAGAUGAAGAAAAGAUAUCCAUGAGGGACGUUCCAGCUGAACUGGCGUCGUAGAGUUUGUACCCUGCAACCUUCUGCUGACACAGGAAGUCCAGAGUUUAAAGCUGUAAGUCAGCCUUUUUAAACCCCUGUGGAGAAUCUGAGAAAAAAGUUCACGUUUUCAAGAAGGUUGACACUAGGUGGGAGUUAAGACUUUUGUAACUUAAUGUCAUACACAGUGUUUGAACUUCGGAAGACACACACUUUCAUUCUAUUUUUGGAAUACAUAUCAUAUAUAUUAUAUAUUGAUUUCCAACUACAAGGUUUGGCAUUUCUUUUGAACGUCCCUUUACAAGCUGAAAGUCUCCUCGACCCCAGUGAGAGCUCAUACUAAAUGCACAGAAAAAUAACAAUUAAAAAGCUCAACAUCAAGGUGUUGAUCUCGUAUCGACAGCUGAAGGCUCUUUGGGUGCGUUGACGUCAAUGACUGAUCAGCUGAUAAGGUCCUAACGAUAGACUGUCUGUAAAGAUGGAUGACAAAAAUGAAGCCAAAGUGCCUUGAACCCCCACUGGUGGCUUAUAGUUUAUAAACCCGCCUCCUCCAUGGUAGUGAAUGGGACAUGCUGGGCCGACAUAAAAACAUGAUGCGAUAAAAAAAACAAA